AUGAUCGCUGUUAUUCAGGCGUCCAUUGGAUCCACGGCAGGUCCAAAUGGAAACCUUGAUGCCAACGUACCUAAGCUCUUUUGCGGCAUGACGGAGAAGUUUUGCGACAAAGGUACCGAAGACGAACCAAAAUGCCAAAGCAACUGUGAGCAGCCAGGGUCUGGUGGCUCUGGCGGCGAUGUUCAGAAGAUAGUGAUCGGUUACUAUGAAGCUUGGGCACAUGACAGGAAAUGUCAAGGCAUGGACUUCAAGAAUAUCCCAACAGGCGCACUUACUCAUCUCUACUUUUCCUUCGGUUACAUUUCGCCCGGUACUUUUGAUCUGGUUCCGAUGGACGACCUUAGCCCCGAUCUAUUCUCGCAGUUCACAGAUGUCAAGAAGUCGAACCCCGGCUUGAAGACAGUCAUUGCUCUUGGCGGUUGGACCUUCAACGAUAACGGCACCGCAACUCAGCCGGUCUUCAGCGACAUGGUUAGCACUGCUGCUAAUCGCGCCUUGUUCAUUAAAAAGUUAUUCGCUUUUAUGAGACAGUACGCAUUUGACGGUGUGGACUUCGACUGGGAGUAUCCCGGAGCAACCGAUCGAGGGGGUAAGCCUGAAGACGGCAAAAACUUUGUCACGUUCUUGAAGGAACUUAACGAGGAGAACGACAAGCAGCUCAUGCAUUAUGUUGUCUCCUUCACUGUUCCUACUAGCUUCUGGUAUCUGAGGCAUUUUGAUCUGAAAGCUGUGGAUUACGUCGACUUCGUCAACGUCAUGAGCUAUGAUCUUCAUGGAGGCGGAGCAUCUCCUGGUCCCUGUUCCGACAACUCAGGAACUUUGACAUACAAAGAGAUUCAACAAGUCAUCAAACAGCACAAGAUCAGUCCUUACUAUGACAAGGAGGCUCAAGUCAAGUACAUCACCUGGAACCAAGAUCAAUGGGUGUCGUAUGAUGACAAAGAUACAUUCAAGGCGAAGAUCGACUUUGCCAACAAGCUAGGCCUCGGCGGACUACUCAUCUGGGCCAUUGAUCAAGACACGGAUGAUUUGGAUGCUCUCAACGCCGUCGUGUCUCCAAAAUCUGUCAAAGCCCUCGCGAUGACUGCCGAUGACGCUUCCUUUUGGGACGAUGCGACUGUACCGGAUUGCUAUGUCACUGACUGUGGCGGUACUUGUAAGGCUGGUUUCUUCAAAAUCGAACAGCAACCAUGCGGUGGCGCGAAGCCUGUUACGCGCAGAUCCAAAGGCAAGGACAGCCAGCUGUGCUGUCCAGUUUCCAGUGCACCAGAUCCCGACAAGUGCCACUGGCGCGGCGAAGCACCUCCAUGUAAUGGCCGCUGCCAUGACAAUGAGGUACUGUUGCAGAUGAACAAGUGGGGUGAUGGGAAAUACUGUGAAGACGGAAACAAAGCAUAUUGCUGCGAGUCACCUGCGGCUAAGGGUCAUGACUGCUACUGGGCAGGCGUCGGCAAGGAUUGCAACGGCGACGACACGACGAUGACCUUUUCAGGCACAUUUCUGAGCACAAUCGCCGACAUUGCAGACGCGAUGACUUUGAUCGAUAAUGCUCUGGUUGAUUGGCUCGAAGCAGUUGACGUUGACAUGCAGAAACGAUACUGCUGCCCAAAGAAAGACGCCAAGAACUGGAAGAACUGCCGGUGGUACGGAGAGCCCGGAUCUUGCUUCGACAACCAUUGCCCGGUCGGAAAGCAAGUGCAACUCACGGACAGCCCGUAUGGUUUUGGGCAAUCCUGCUUCCCUCGACUGGAAAGAAACAGAGUCUACUGCUGCGACCCAACCGAUGGUAAACAGCUAUUCCUUCCGGUACCACUCGAUCGGCUAUUCAGCGAUCCCCCGACUGGAGACGACGUCGAUACGGACUUCGAGCUCAAUGUGGACGACACCUUUGGUGGACAGGACGACAAGACCGACGAUGACCCUUCCAAUGCUGCAUUUCAAUUCGUUGUACUUGCAUCGCCUAAAGAACUGCAACAUUCUCUCGAUAAACGCGAUGGCUCUCAUUGGGAACUGUUCAACUGCCAAGGCGGGCCGAGUGAAGAGGAGCAAACCAUCCAGAUGUUUUGCAUUGACGGCUCAGAGAACAACAAUUGUCAAAACAUCGGACUUGGACACGGCGUACCCGGUACCAUCCUGGAAAUGCCAGCUGGCUGUGGAGCCGGUCGCUAUGCCGUCGCGAAACAUAUGGUCCCUGCUGUCAAUCAAACAAUCCCACACCAUCUUCGGAAGCGAGCGUCACAUAUGCCAAUGGUCUACGAUCUGACUUUCGACUACAACUUCAGGCGCGUUCCCCGAGAUUCUGGUGAUACCCAGAUGAGGAUAGACUUUUCCAACAAGAACGACUACUGGGACAACGUUGUCGCAGCUGCGAGCACAAAGCGUAAAUCUAAACGCUCCUUGUCUGACUUUGACGGCAAUCAUAAGAGAUGGCUCGAAGAGGAGUGGCGAGACGACUAUCACGGUGGUGCUCUUAGUCAUGAAGAGCUUCACAAGCGAUGGUUCGGAUCCGACGUGCUUGCCUGGCUCACCAACUUGGUCAGCCCCAAGAUCGAGAAAGAGUUCACACAUGACGUGAAUGAGCAAUUCAUCGCCAAAAUCAUUGACGACAAAGUCGAGUGUGGCACAGGACCGGCCAAAUUCAAUGCUCAUGUCUUGGUUCAGGCUCUCACAGAUGUCGAGAUCUCCACCAGUUUUGGCUUCACCCUCAUCACGAAGCUCAAUUUCGAUAAUCCAGGCGGCUCUCUUGACCUGAGCCAGUCGUACCUUACAUUCAGCAACAGUGGUAAGGUCACUGCGGUGUUCACUCUCGAAGCCAUGAUCAAGGUUUCGUACGAGUCGGGAGAGAAGACAAUUCUUACCCUUCCCUUCCCAGGCGCAACAUUCCGAGUCCCUGGCAUUGUUACUAUCGGUCCCUCUGUCCGCGUGGUUGGCGAGUUCAACGCUGGCCUCACACUAUCUGCCGAGAUAGAAACCAAGAUCGAUCUUGCGGAAUGGGACGUCCGGCAAACUUAUCCAGCCGCCUCUGAGGAAUACGAGCCUCAGGCUGACAAGGAACUGGAUUCUGGAGAGACGGGCGACAAAAACGGCCUGUUGGAACCUCAAUUCUACGCUUCUGUUCUAGCUUCAGGCCAGGCUGAAGCCCAUCUCAAGGCCGUCGCAGAGUUUGGUAUUCGCUUUGAUGACAGCUGGAAGGUUGGGGCCGCAACAGCCGGAGUUGUUGCUGAUGGCUAUGUUCGCAUGGAGGUUGGAGCUGGUAAGAGCACCGAAGCUUCAUGUCCGUGGACAUAUGGCUUCUACGUGGGCGCAAAGUUAUAUGCGCAGGUCAGUACUCCACCAGCAUUCGGUUGGGGAACCAAGACGUGGGAUCUCCCAGGAUCUGGUGAGGUCGGUCUUCCUGAGGGUGGCCAAUGUCCCGACCUUCAAUCAGGCGCGCCUACUAAGCGUGGUUUCACGUCGAUCGACGGUACUCAUCCUCUUUACCACCCUUAUGAGCACUCGGGAAUUGCGAACAAUGCCACAGCGGUACAUCGAUUUGGCAAACGCGUCACACCCUGGGGUCCCCCAUUCCACAUUCCCCUACAGGACCUGCUGUGCCCCAGCCCUGGAGGAAGCCCCGAUAACCAAGGUUCUGAGUGUUCAGAGCUUUCACAUGUGGUGGACGGUAGUAGCUCUCUGGCAAAGCGUGCAUCUGGCGAUGUGACCCUCAAUCAUGUCUUUUCACGAAGUUUAGAUCGCAAAACCCAGGAGUUCUGCGCCGAUAAACUCGGUGGCAAGAUGGUCAUCGUUAGCGCUGACUUCCACACCUCUGGUACCAUAUUGACCGUACUCCCAAAUAUACCGACAUAUGGCUACAACAACUACAACGACUGUCUUGACAUGGGUUUCGGUCAGAUUGCAACGCCCACUGCCGGUAACACAGGACGCUUCGCCACAGAGCAUAUCUUGGAAUUCCAAAUGGUCAAAAACUUCUUCGAAAAAUACGCCAAGCCGACAAAGUCUAGUGCUUUGACCAAGGUCAACUGUUACAACCCACAAGCAAGUACCAACUUUUGCAAGUGCGUUCAAAGCUUCUGGUACGACAUCAGAGUUGCAGAAAGAAUAACUAUCAACGGUGUGACCAAGUCCGCCAUCGAUUGGGUUGGCGCUGUCUUCCCCAGCCAUACCAACCAAUGGAGCAACGAGCUCGUUCUUCUCGACGGUGAGGUCAACAACCUCAAAGAAGGUCUUUGGGGCGUCAGUGACGCACGCAAUUCCGACACGCUCGAUACAUAUACGGGCGACGGUACAAAGCUCUUCAAAUACGUCAAAGAUACCAUCGCUGCCAUCCGCUACCACAUUGAUCCUUUCAUCAGCCAAACGCUGGUUGCCCAGAAAGACCGGGUCGGCCAAAUGUUCAACGACCUCGAAACGAUUUACCUGCCGCAAAUUACAAAGACCAUCAACGGUCGGCAGGUCACGUGGCGAAGUCUGGAUCUGCAGACAAAGUGGAAUACGUAUAUGCGUACUCAGAAUGCGGCGGCUAUUACAAACAGCUUCAGAUUGGUAGAUCUGUACCUGGACAAGCUGGUGGAUGGAUAUACCUCGGUUGCGCAGAGAGAGGCAGCGGAGAGGGGGACACCUGAUGCACUUAUUCUCAAGGGGCUUAUUGAGAAGAUUGAUGCCCUGCAGGCUGACUGGACCAACAACAGGCCCGUUUGGACCAAUCCCAUGUAG